AUGGACAGAAUCUUGAGUGGUCUUACUGACAGCUUGGGUAAUCUGAAGAAACUUACAAAACUCAUAAUGAAUAACAUUAAUGAAGAAGAUGCUAUAAAACUAGCUGAAGAUCUGACAUACCUGAAGAAGUUGAAUUUAUUUCAUUUGACUCACUUGUCUGACAUUGGAAAGGGAAAGGAUUACAUAGUCAAGUCUCUGUCAAGUGAACCCUGGAACCCUGAAGAAAUCCAAUUAGCCUCCUGCUGCUUAUCUGCAAAUGCAGUGAAAAUCCUAGCUCAGAAUCUUCACAAUUUGGUCAAACCGAGCAUUCUUGAUUUAUCAGAAAAUAACCUGGGAAAAGAUGAAAAUGAAGCUCUACAUGAACUGAUUGACAGGUUGAACAUGCUAGAACAGCUCACUGCACUACUGCUGCCCUGGGGCUGUGAUGCAGGCAACCUGACCAGCCUGUUGAAACAUUUGGAGGAGGUCUCAUAACUCAUCAAGCUUGUGCUGAAAAACUGGAGACUCACAGAUACAGAGAUUAGAAUUUUAGGUGCAUUUUUUGAAUAGAACCCUCUGAAAAACUUCCAGCAGUUGAACUUGGCAGGAAAUUGUGUGAGCAGUGAUGGAUGGCUUUCCUUUAUGGAUGUAUUUGAGAAUGUUAAGCAAUUAGUGUUUUUUGACUUCAGUACUAAAGAAUUUCUACCUGAUGCAGCAUUAGUCAGAAAACUUAGCCAUGUGUUAUCCAAGUUAACUUUUCUGCAAGAAGCUAGGCUUGUUGGGUGGCAAUUUGAUGAUGAUGAUCUCAGUCUUAUUAAAGGUGCUUUUAAACUAGUAACUGUUUAAAUAAAGUGUACCCAAAGCCAUUAAGUGCUCUGGGACCCCAUUACUUUAAGCCUGGUAGUUAAAAAGAAUCUUGCAAAAGGAUGCCAAAGAAGGAAGUGGAAAGAAAUUUAAUUAGAUGAUACAUGCAAUAGUUUUGUGUCUUAGCUUUCCUGCUAGGGUUAUCAGCUCCUUGAAGGAACUCUUGUUCAUCUUUGUGUUACUUUUGGUCUGGGUUACACCAGCUGGUAUACUGAAUGCAUAUUAACUUAGUAUAGUGCCUGGCAUGUAACAGAUUCUCAACAAAUAUUUGCUGAAUAUGAGACAAUAAAUAGCUACUGAAUAAAGAAACAAGGAUUAUUUAAAAUCAGAGAGAAAACUCCAUAUAUGUUCUUUAAUCCAAACAGUUUAAUUCAAACAAUCUGGAAUGUAAAAAGCACUUUCUCAUAUUAGAAGGAGAUCAGACUCCCAAAAAAGAUCAGGAUUCUUUAGUCAAGCAAAAAUUGGCAGUUAACAAACAGCUAAAUCAGAGGCUUAAAAUUCAGGUCCUCUCCAGUAUCUGCUAAGUUAUGUGUAAUUCCAAACAUGACAUUAGAGAUUAAAGAAGAAAGAGAAAAUGUUUCCCAUUCUUUUGUACUUUAUAUAAAUUAAGGGUACCCUGCCCUAAUCUUUUUUCCAACACUUCCCCAAAUAACCCUUCCCUACAAAGAAAGAAGUCUAAGAAAACUCUCUAAACAUAUUUAAGUAGAGGCAAGCCUGAAAAAAAUGCAAAAACCUAAACGGUGUUAGCCUGUGGUUCACCUAUGUUCAUGGCACCUCAAAUUAAUGGCUUGGGUGUUGGUGCAGGGAACACUUGGUCUGUAUAUUGAGGUAGUCACUAGAAAAAAUUCUGGGCACAACAUCUGUUUAGCAAUUGGGGACAUAUAAAUAUGUUAUCCAUAACGUUUUGGAGCCGAUAUUUUACAGAUCAACGAAUUAUUCCUCUCCCUAACUUUACAGAUGAGCAAGUGUAAACGAUUUGCCCAUGGGUUACAAAACGACUUCCUUACACAGUGGCAGCAUCAGAACUGAAAUUCAGGUCUUUUGCCUCCUAGUGCAGUGUUUUCCCAUUACAAUACAGUGACUUUGUAAAGCAGGAUUAAUUACACUUCACGGAGUUUACAUCUUAAUCACAAACUACGGGCCAAAUACUUAAAUUGAACUUCUUUCUUUGUCUAGCUUCAAGUGAUUCGGUGGCAAGAUAUACUAGUGAGUCUACUGCCUAUAGGCCUAUGCUGGGUGAGUUCCUUAUUUUUAUAUCCAGAAGUUAGUCAGAGCUUGGCAAGUAAGACUUCUAUAUAUAAUAAUGCAUGGGCCAAUGUCUCCUGUAACAUCUUACAUUCAGGAAGCAGGGCCAAUUCUUUCAUAACCCACAGGUAACUGUCCUUUCUCAAACAGUGUAGGUGGGUAUUAAAGCACCUUUGGUGGGAUAGCUGCACAGGUGUUAUUUCUGAAUUGGUGUUGAGGAAGUAGGCAUAAAACCUCAUACAGAACUGCGUUUGGUACCUAAACACUUUUAAAAUCCCAUGGGGAAGAAUGGGAUGGCAGCACAUACCUCUUAACCAUAACUCAGGAUAUGGCAGUUCAGAUUUCAUGCAUGACCCUAAUUCACACUUAGAUGAGAUCAAUGAAGGAAGAAUCAUCCUGUAAUAGUAGACCAAUAACAGAUAGCGUAAUAGUUAGAGAAUAUAAGACAAAGGACAAGGAAGAGGUUGCCUUAUUACAUUUUACAAAGUAUCAUUUUCCCCAGUAGUCAAGGGAGCAUGGGCUGUAUUUCUUCAGCAGGUCACAUGCCUGAACAGGGUUGCAGAUGUCAAAGACAGUGACCAAAUCCUCACUAAGUAAAAGGUAUUUAGGAUAUGGACAUUUAUACCACAGAUGACAAUUCUGCUUGACAGAGACGGCUUCUUGGAUGUUUUUAAUCCACGGUGAAGAAAGUGUUGCUCCUAUUUGAAAGUGGAUGAGUUGACUGAAGAAACUGUUGCA